GAGACAAAAAUGAAUUCAUGGCACAAUCAGAAAAAUAGAUUGGUUGGCUCGUGACGGGGACACGGAGUAAAGACUUUUUUUUCGGUUUUCCUUUUGAGACUCUGUAAAUCUUCAUGACGAACCUAUUCUUGACGUGAAUGCCAUGGCCAGGAGUCCAUUCUCGAAAUGCCGUUUGAGAACCGUCCCGAUUAAGCCCAGAUUUCGUAGUGAGCCCAUACACGGCCAGGUUCUGCCUCAGCCUUGUAGAAAUGACGGGCAGAAUGUCAUCCAUUUGCUUGAGGAGGCGGAGGCUGUGGCUCGAAAUGCCCGGCGUGCACCGCGUCCCAUCCGGGGGACCUGGACUGGGGGGUGCCACUCAGGUCGGGAGCGUUGGCAGACUCGCAGGUGGUUGUCUUCUGCUUACCUAAUCCACUUUAACACAGUAGGUGCUGCUAACCCUAGAAUUUCUCUGCGAUCUUUCCUACAAACCACAAAGCCACCGAACAUAAUCCCCCACGCCGAGUUAAGGAUCCCUCGUUCUAGUCUUUGUCGACAAAAUGGCCAACCCCCGCGUUGAAGAGCUUCCCGAUGACGAGACCAAGAAGGUCUCCGUCGAGGAGCACGAGGACGAGAGCUCCGACUCCGAGAUUGAGGGCGAGGAUGCCGAGGGCCUUCCCUCCGGCUCCACCGCCGUCAUCCACUCCCGCAACGAGAAGAAGGCCCGCAAGGCUCUCGAGAAGCUGCACCUGACCAGAGUGCAGGGCAUCA